UUCAGCGGCCUCUUUGUGUGGUGCCCAGAUAGGGGAGCGGAGGUGGCGGUAGCGGUAGCGGCGACGGCGGCCUCGGUCGCGUUCCAGCCUCCGCGGCCCGUCCUCUGGUCGGCACCUCUCCCCUUCCCUCCCCCUUCCUCUUCACCUCCUUCCCUCCCCUUCCCUCCUUCCCUCCCCCGUCGGGACCGGCGGUGGCGGCCCCAGCAACGGCUGGGCCCAGGCAGUGAGGAGGCCUCAGCCCACGAUAACGGCGACGGCGAAGCCGCGGAGCGCGCAGGGCGGGGGCAAGGCCCGGGCCGUGGAGAUGGAGAAUUCGCAGCUGUGCAAGCUGUUCAUCGGCGGCCUCAACGUGCAGACGAGUGAGUCGGGCCUGCGCGGCCACUUCGAGGCCUUUGGGACUCUGACGGACUGCGUGGUGGUGGUGAACCCCCAGACCAAGCGCUCGCGCUGCUUCGGCUUUGUGACCUACUCCAAUGUGGAGGAGGCCGACGCCGCCAUGGCCGCCUCGCCCCACGCGGUGGACGGCAACACGGUGGAGCUGAAGCGGGCGGUGUCCCGGGAGGAUUCGGCGCGGCCCGGGGCCCACGCCAAGGUGAAGAAGCUCUUUGUCGGGGGCCUGAAGGGAGACGUGGCCGAGGGCGACCUGAUCGAGCACUUCUCGCAGUUCGGCACCGUGGAGAAGGCCGAGAUCAUCGCCGACAAGCAGUCGGGCAAGAAGCGCGGCUUCGGCUUCGUGUAUUUCCAGAACCACGACGCGGCGGACAAGGCCGCGGUGGUGAAGUUCCACCCGAUCCAGGGCCACCGCGUGGAGGUGAAGAAGGCCGUGCCCAAGGAGGAUAUCCACUCCGGGGGCGGCGGCGGCGGCUCCCGGUCCUCGCGGGGCGGCCGGGGCGGCCGGGGCCGCGGCGGGGGCCGAGACCAGAACGGCCUGUCCAAGGGCGGCGGCGGCGGUUACAACAGCUACGGCGGCUACGGCGGCGGCGGGGGCGGCGGCUACAACGCGUACGGGGGCGGCGGCGGCGGCUCGUCCUACGGGGGCAGCGACUACGGCAAUGGCUUCGGCGGCUUCGGCAGCUACAGCCAGCACCAGUCUUCCUACGGGCCCAUGAAGAGCGGCGGCGGCGGCGGCGGCAGCAGCUGGGGCGGGCGCAGCAGCAGCGGACCUUACCGGGGGGGCUACGGCGGCGGCGGCGGCUACGGCGGCAGCUCCUUCUGAGGAGGAAAUUUUAAAAGGGCCCGGGAGCGGCUGUAGGGGUAGCUCUUUCCGACGGCCCCGCGAGGGUGCGCUCCGAAGGCCCUUCCCCCUCCCACCGCCUUCCCCGUUUUGCCCUUGGGGGCGCCGCCGCUGAGGCGGCCUGCCCUGGGGGUGUCGCCCGUCUGCCUGCCUCCUCUCCCGUCUCUCCGAAGAUGGACUCGGCCCCACAUACACAUUUUUGUGUUACAGUCAUUGAUGGACUCUAUUUUUUUAUUAUUACUUGGACCUUGGUCGUUUUUAUACUAGCAAAAUGUCUUGUUUGAUUUGUGUUUUUUUUUGGGGGGGGAGGGAGUGAAUUUGCUGAUUCUGUAGCAAAACCUGGGCGGGGGUAGGGGUGGGGGGUAGUUCACUUUGUUGUAAGGACUUGAUACCUGGCUACAGCGUUUUCUAUGAAAUCUACUUGGAUCCCAUGCCUGAAAUUUGGAAGCAUAUGUACAAAAAUCAUUUUUACGUUUUAUUUUUAAUAAAUCAUUGUGUUUGACCGUA